CUUCGAAAUCUUUUCCGUAAACAUUUUGAUCAAAAUUAAGCGAAAUAAUUCAUAACAAUCAAACAAGUAAACUCUUAAAGCUGCUCACCGCUAUCGAUUUGAUGUUUUCGCUAUUGUUUUUGACACUGGCUUGUUUAUCAACGUGCCACUCUUUUAAUGAACAUGAUGACUGCAACUUUUUGGAGCACAUUAAAGUAUCAAUGGAAUUUAAAAAGUCAGGUUUCCAUAGAGAAUUGGUGACGAUUAUUCGGUUCAACAAUAGUGGUCUUCUCAACAAGAUUUUGCUAGUUUACAGCUGGCCUAAUGACAUCUAUGUUGACCCAUUUCAACUUGCAUCACUGAAGGAUCAACGAAACUGGGAGAUGCUACUAGACUCAACCAUUGACCUUGAGACGCCAGCCCACAAGUCCUCAGGAUUUGUCACACACUUAUUUCCACAUCUAGAAGAAUUAACAUCUGGACAAAUAAACCUGACCAUACCUAUCCAUGGUCGGUACCAAAAACCAUCUUACCAUGGGAAUGCUUUCACUUCUGUAGACAUACAUCCUCCCAGUCUGCUGCUGCAGGGUAUAGAAACUUGCACACAACUCAACAACUUGGACUCUUUCACCACAACUGUUGUGGAUGCACCUUGCACUGCAGACAACUCAAGCACCUGUCAGUGGAUUCAAGUUCAACCUCAAGAGCAGCCUGAACCUGUGACGCUGCAACUUCCAGUAGGAGAUGCAUCCCUGGUCAUUCCUGUGUGUGGAGGGACACUUCUUGUGACAAUAAUCUGCACUGUGGCACUGACCAAAUCAGCAUGGACAAGGACAUAUGAAAUGUAGAGUUUUUAAUUUUUAUUCCAAUUUUUUUUUUUU